GUUACCGGAUGUAGGAUCUGUUCGGUUGAGCCGGCGUGACUUUCAGCCUGACAUCAGUUCAGUUCAUCUCUGGGAUCUUUAAAGCUUCAGGUUUACAAACGCACCCAAAAUGCGCCUAUUAAAAGCGAGCAUCGCUUUAAAUCAUCUGAAUUUCCUAACUCCAGCCAAUAGGAAGGCGAGACAGGUGCUGAGUAACAUUCGCCGGCCGUGUUCGUCUGCAAUCAUCCCGAACGAAAGGAUCCGCAACAUCGGCAUCUCUGCGCACAUCGACUCUGGAAAGACGACGCUAACGGAGCGUGUGCUGUACUAUACCGGUAGAAUAGCAGAAAUGCAUGAAGUCAAGGGCAAAGAUGGAGUCGGUGCGGUCAUGGACUCUAUGGAGCUGGAGAGACAGCGGGGAAUCACCAUCCAAUCGGCAGCCACGUACACUAUCUGGAAUCAGCACAACAUCAACAUCAUUGACACACCAGGCCAUGUUGACUUCACUAUUGAGGUGGAGAGGGCGCUGCGGGUUCUGGACGGCGCCGUGCUGGUCCUGUGUGCCGUCGGAGGAGUGCAGUGUCAGACCAUGACCGUCAACAGGCAGAUGAAGCGCUACAACGUGCCCUUCCUCACCUUCAUCAACAAGCUGGACCGUAUGGGAGCAAACCCGUACCGGGCACUGAAGCAGCUCAGGACCAAACUGAAUCAUAAUGCAGCAUUUGUCAACAUCCCCAUCGGGCUGGAAGGAGACCUGCAAGGAAUCAUCGACCUCAUCGAGGAACGCAGCAUCUACUUUGAAGGUCCUUGUGGCCAGAAUGUCCGUUUCGAUGAGAUCCCAGCCGAGAUGCGAGCGGAGGCGGCUGAGCGCAGGCAAGAGCUGGUGGAGUGUGUAGCUAAUGCUGACGAAACACUGGGAGAGAUGUUCCUGGAGGAGAGAAUUCCAACUAUUGGUGACCUUAAGGCGGCUGUGCGCAGGGUCACUAUACAGCGCUCCUUCUCUCCGGUCCUGGUGGGCAGCGCUUUAAAAAACAAAGGCGUUCAGCCCCUGCUGGACGCUGUGCUUGAUUACCUGCCGAACCCCAGCGAGGUGAACAACUACGGCAUCCUGAACGACGAGGAAUCGAGUAACAGCAGUAAGAUCCUGAUGGAUUCAAACAGAGAUGCCACAAAGCCUUUUGUGGGUUUGGCCUUCAAACUAGAGGCUGGACGUUUUGGCCAGCUGACCUAUGUGCGUGUGUAUCAGGGCUGCCUGAAGAAGGGCGAGUACAUUUACAACACUCGCACAACCAAGAGGGUGCGAGUGCAGAGGCUGGUGCGCCUGCAUGCAGAUCAGAUGGAGGAUGUAGAGGAAAUGUACGCAGGUGACAUCUGCGCCCUGUUCGGGAUCGACUGCGCCAGCGGAGACACCUUUACAGCUCGCACCAGCACCAACCUCUCGAUGGAGUCUAUACAUAUCCCUGAGCCGGUCAUCUCAAUGGCUAUAAAACCAGUUAAUAAAAACGACUUGGACAAAUUCUCCAAAGGCAUCAACCGCUUCACCAGAGAGGAUCCCACUUUCAGGGUGCAGUUUGACACGGAGAGCAAGGAAACCAUUAUCUCAGGCAUGGGAGAGUUGCAUCUGGAAAUCUACUCCCAGAGAAUGGAGAGAGAGUAUAACUGCUCGUGUGUGAUGGGGAAACCUAAAGUGGCCUUCAGAGAGUCUGUGACCAGCCCUGUGCCGUUCGACUUCACUCACAAGAAGCAGUCCGGGGGGUCUGGGCAGUACGGUAAAGUGGUGGGAGUACUGGAACCUUUGGAUGCAGAAAAUUACACCAAGGUUGAAUUCGAUGACCGGACCAUUGGCACCAACAUACCCAAACAGUUCGUGCCUGCUGUUGAAAAGGGUUUUAAGGAGGCAUGUGAGAAAGGGCCUCUGACAGGCCAUAAGGUAUCCGGUGUGCGAUUCGUGUUGGACGACGGAGCACAUCACAUGGUCGACUCCAACGAGAUUUCAUUUAUCCGGGCAGGAGAGGGCGCUAUGAAACAGGCAAUGGAAAAUGCUAACAUGGUGCUUCUCGAGCCCAUCAUGUCUGUGGAGAUAGUCGCACCCAAUGAAUUCCAAGGACCGGUCAUCGCGGGGGUCAACCGUCGUCAUGGCGUCAUCACCGGACAAGACGGGUCUGAGGGUUACUUCACCCUUUAUGCUGAUAUUCCCCUCAACGACAUGUUUGGUUAUUCCACCGAGUUGCGUUCUUGCACCGAGGGGAAAGGAGAAUACACUAUGGACUACAGCAGAUAUCAGCCUUGUCUGCCUUCUGUUCAAGAGGACCUUGUUAAUAAGUAUCUCGAGGCAACAGGACAGUUGCCUGCAAAGAAGGGCAAAUGGAAGAAUUGAACAACAUACCCAUGACUCGCACACAUAAAUCCCUUUCAUUAUUUGGUCAUUUAAGUAAUUUAUAUAUAAUUUGAAUUUGUUAAUGCUCCACAGAGCCGUGCAUUUAUGGACACGGUCUGGACUCAGACGAUGGCUUUAAGUAUGUGUAGUGGAUUGUUUUGUACUGUGUACAACAGAAGGAGAUACUUGAGUAUAACUGGGGUAAAAAAAUCA